AUGGAUCGGAAAGAACGUCGCCGCCGCCGCAAGGCCUCAGUACCUGCCAACACCCUUGCCCAUUCAAAGGCCAAAUCUGCUCGUCCUUUCCAAUGUACCUUCUGUACCGACUCCUUCCCUGCUAAUUGCCAAGAGAAGACAGUGCAAGAGAGAACAUUUUACCGGAAGGAUCAUCUCAACCAACACCUCCGCUUGAUGCACAAUGUCAAGUUCCAGCCCUGCAUGGAGAAAUGGCAAAGCAGCAUCACAGAUAUCAAAUCCCGAUGUGGUUUCUGUGGCUCCAUCUUCCAGACAUGGAAAGAUCGAGUGGACCAUUUGGCCGGUCAUUUCAAAAAUGGAGCCACCAUGGCUCAAUGGCAAGGGGACUGGGGCUUUGACCCGCAGAUUCAAGCCCGUGUCGAGAACGCCAUUCCGCCGUACAUGAUUGACUAUGAAUGGCGGUCCCCAGAUCCAUGGGCCACUGAGCAAAUUAAGGGAGAUGGCACCACACUUGGACUUCCUGUUCCUACGGAUAUCAAUUGCUACCAUCGCCUUUCUCGUGAACUCACUACCUACAUCCACAGCCAGAAGGCACAAGGAGUUAUUCCAUCAGAUCAGAUGAUACAAGCAGAAGCUCGCCGUGUGAUCUAUGGGUGUGACGAUCCUUGGAACCAGACCUGCGCAGAUAAUAUUGUCUGGCUGGGUGUCCUUAAGCGUGAUUGUGGAUUACAAACUCAAGUGAACAACGACAGCAUCCAAUUUGCCGACCUGGGCAUGCAGCCCCCAUUCGCUACCGAUGGCGGUCUCCGGGCUGCACCCCGGGAGAUCAAUGUGCUAGCGCGAGCAGUAUGCCAAGGGGCCCCCAUCCACAGCCCCGCCAUCUCUAGCCCUAGUAUGCGCAGCCACGGCUUUCCUAGCACCGGCUUUUCCUCGGCUGGGCCUAGCCGACCGGGGAGUUUAUCAGGCAGUUACGCUGGUAGUGCAGGGAUGAUGUCAGCUGGUCCUGAUCCGUCCUUUUCGACGGAUUGGACUAGUAGUCUUCCGACCACUGCAUCUGUGCCUGGAGAAGGCACAGCUGACCCUCUGGUACAAAUGGGAUUUGAUCCAGAAUUCCUACAACGACUGAAUGACAGCUACGGUGAAAUCAACCCGGAUGAUUUGGAAGGUUUGCAUCUAGAUGGCGCCGACGGUCAAAAAGGCUCCGAGCAAGGAUGGCCAAACAGAAGCUUGCUUGGUCAGCCCAUCCCUCCGUCUCGCAUGGGUGAGGUGUCUGCUUCAGAUUCGGUUGCUGUUUUCAAUUCCGAAGUGGGCCACCCUCCUGCGUCGAAUGCCACCCAUGAUGAUAUGCCAGGGUAUUUUGGCAAUGGCAACUUUUAA